AUUAUACAUACCAUUUCUAAUUUUAAAUGAAAAUGAGACAAAAGCUUGUUAAUAGUAAAAUAUUUAAGUCAAAAACUAAAUUAAAACGUAUUAGCAAGACCAGCUGACGUGGUGACGUCAUCAAGUCAGCUGCUGUUCCAAUUGCGGAAAUGUCCGUUCUCCGUUCUCCCGAACCUGCGAGUCAGGACUCCCGAGUCUGUGGCCGUUUCUCAAUACCUAAGACGGCGAGAACGGACUCGCGUUCCCGCGAGAAUAGACUCGGGGGAUUGUUGACUAUUCUGGGAGGCAACUCGAUAGGCUUCUCUCAUCCGUUUUGCCCAUUUCUCUGCAUAACCUCUGGGUGAAUCCAUUUCCUCUUCUGUGGACAGCCCAAAUAAUAAGUCAACAGGGUUCUCAGCAUCUGAAGCAGGGUUUGAUUUAAACGUUCCACUGGAUUACCUUGAGGAUGGUAUGGUGUUGUCCUGGAGUGGCUUACCCCGUUAGUUGUUGGAGAGUUUUGAAUAGUUCAUUUUCAAACUCUCUGCCAUGGUCAUGAUGAAGCUUAGCUGGGUAUCCAAAACGGGGAAUAAAGUCGUUGAAAAUUCUUUCUGCAGCUGUUCUUCCAGACUUGUUUCUCGUUGGAUACGCUUGGGCAAAUCUGGUGAAAGGGUCUAUUACAACCAAGAUAUAUUCAUAACCACCCUUGCUUGUCUCUAAAUGCAUGUAGUUGAUGGAGACCAGUUCCAGUGGUGAAGUGCUGGUGAUACUUCCCAUUGGUGCUCUGAUGUGAACGACUUUUUGAUGCAGGGACAUCUUCUGGUCAUAUGAGCCUCAAUGUCUCUUUUCAUAAACGGCCAAUAGAACCUCUCUCUCGCCAAGGUAAGAACUCUGUUGGAGCCAAUCUGAAUGCGUUCUCACAUUGGUCAGUGAGGAUUGGACACUACGUCACCAAGUGAAGAAAAGUUGGUUGGACCUGGAACUAGCCGCGAGGUAUGAGCAGUUAACACAUACGUAAGAAGGAAUGAAGCAGAGCUGCCUGCAGUUAUUAAAGUGUAAAUGGCAAAAGUGACGAGAACACAAUGGAUGGACAUUUGGUUUAUCGACAUUGACAUUUUCCAACGAGGACUUGAAAUAAGAGACAUUUGGGUUUGCAAGAAAAUGAAAGUGUUAAUGGUUUGUUUUUAUUCUGAUGCUCGUUUUCAUGAUAUUGUGAAAUAUUGCUGUUUUCUGGGUGGUUGACUGGAAAACAAGGUAAAAUGGAUGAAGAUCAUCAAGGUACUGAGGUAACAAAUGUGGUGUCAGCUGACUUACAAAAGGUUAAUGAGGAUGAAGCCUCUGUGAAAAAAAGGUCUAUAAAAUUGACACCAAAAGUACUGCUUUCCAAACUAAGUGGCUUAGAGACACUAAGAAAAUCCAAGUUAAGUAAAGCUGCCAAUAAAAAACAAACUGUUCAAGGGUUAAUGUGUCAGUCUGGUUAUGAAGCUGAAAUAAAGGGUAGCUUCAGCAAAUAUCAAGCCUUUAUUAAAGACGCAAAAGUUGCACAUAACCAACUGCUUGAGUUGCUACCCGCAGAUGAAAAGGAAAGGCAUGAAACCUGGUUCAAAGCAAAGCUGUUAAGUGUGAACGAAUUUUGCCAUUGCGUAGAAAAUCGUUGUAAGAGUGCAAAUAAUAGCACUACUGAAACUGUUGCCCUUGAGGAUGAUAUAAAGCCAACGGAUAGUGUAUCAAAUGUUGGUACAUCAUCAUGCACUAAAAGCCGUACCAGUGAAAGAUCAAGUCGAUCAAGCAAAGCUGCAUUGGAAGUUGCACAAGCAAAAGCAAGGAAAGCUACACUCGUAGCACGUGCAGCAGCGUUAAAAAAGAAACAUGAAUUGGAAAAGGAGGUGGAAUCAAUACGGAAAAAACUGGAAGAGGUGGAAAUGGAUGCUGAGAUUGAAGCCUCGGAUGCAGAAUUGGCAGUUCUGCAAACAUUUUCAGAUCAGGAUGGUAUGGAGUCGUACUUUGAGAAGCAAAAAUCAAAAGAAAGCCCUGACAUUUCUGAGGCGAAGUUCGAAAAUCUAAGAUUGAUGAGUAAUAAAAGUUUAUCUACUGCUAAUGUUGCACAUGCAGUUGAUGACAAUUCUACACGACAGAUUCUGCAAAGGCAAAAUGAAAUAUCCGAGCUGCUCUUACUACAACAACACAAAGCAAGCCAACUGCCGCCAAGAGAACUACCUGUUUUCGAAGGUGACUCAUUGAAGUUCAAAAUGUUCAUGCAAGCUUUUAAGCAUUGUGUGGAGAAGAAAGCUGCAUCUAAAGGUGAUUGCAUGUAUUUUUUGGAAAGGUACACCAGGGGGCGUCCUCACGACCUUGUGCAAAGCUGUUUACAUAUGAGUGCGGAGAGAGGUUUUGAAACAGCUAAAGCUCUCCUACGGGAACACUUCGGCAAUGAAACAAAGAUUACAGCAGCUUAUAUGGAAAAGGUUCUCAACUGGCCUGUGGUGAAGCCUGAAGGUGUUUUGUUUCUACAGGAUUCAAUUCAAUUCAAUUCAUUUUAUUUUGUAUAGCCCAAAAUCGCAAAUUACAAAUUUGCCUCAGAGGGCUUUACAGUCUGUACACAUGCAACAUCCUCUGUCCCGAAACCCUCACAUCGGC